AUGACCAACGGGCCUGCUGCCAAUGGCAGCAACGGCAGCGGCAACGGCAACGACAACGGCCAUGCUGCCAGCGCCGCGUUCCUCUCUGGCGAGGUCGGCGCCAGCACCUUGGUCCUUCGCGACGCCAACGUCGCCACCAACACCACUCCCGGCCGUCCCUCCCUCGCCGCGAUCCGCGCCCUGAUCGGCCGGAUUCGCAGCGAGGCCUUCAGCAUUCGCUUCUUCCGGCCCCAUCAAGAAGAAGCGAUUUUGCGGAUCAUUGAGGGCCACAGCGUCUUGUUUGCGCUGCCCGGAGCGGCUGGGAAGUCGCUCUGUUACCAGCUUCCCUUGGUUGCUUCCAGGGAGAUUGACAGGAUUCGCGGCUGCAGCGCCUCGGAGCACCCUGGCCUCACCCUGGUCAUAAGCCCGUUUCCAGUUCUCAGCAAUGUGGGAACUCACUCGGGCAAUGUUCUUUUGUGCGUGGGUCUUCCGGGCUGUCAUCUGGCAUCAGGCAUGACUUCUGAUCCUCGGAACUGGGCGCGACUCUACCAUCCCCUAAGGGAUGGUUGUAUCCGGAUUCUUUUCUGCUCGGCCGAAAUGCUGAAAUCGACCGGCUUUCUCGAUGCUUUGGCUGCUGUUCCUGGCGGGAUCCGUCGAGUGGUUGUCGAGGAAGCGCAUCAGCUAUCUGAGGAGAACGUCUGCUUCCGACCUGAGUAUUUCAGGGCUCUCUGUGUUCUCUCUCGGCGACUGAAGCCACAGCAAUUCGUGCUCCUCACUGCUACAGCGCCCCUAAGUACCACAACGGAUCUCCGGAAGCGGUUCUGCAUUAACGAUGACGGCUGUCAUUUCACCCAAUCUUCAUACAGGUCAAACGUCGACAUCCGAGUCAUGACGGCCAACCCGUCCCACACUCGACGGGCAAGCGACCUGGAUGUUUACGUUUGGAAAAGGCCUCUGAAGCUUGACUCAGACUGGGCCAAGUACAGGGCGAACGCUACGCUUCGCUUUCUGAGGGAGCACAAGGGCCCGGCCAUCAUCUAUUGCACCAACCCCAGUCAGGCUGAGGCGAUCGUCAAGCGGCUUAUGCCUGAUGACCCCCAGGAUGGUACCCUUACCGUGCCUUUUCACGAAGAGUUGCCGGUGGCUGAGAGGCAAUGGCUUCUUCACAGGUUCGAGCGUGGCCUGGUUCAAAAUAUUGUCGUCACUUUCGGGAGCGGCUUUACCACGAGGCGUAUUGAUGUGGCUAAGAUCGUCCACUGGGAUCUGCCUCUGACCAUCGAAGACUACAUCUUUCAGAUCAACCGCGGCGGACGUAACGGCAAACAGGUGUUAUCCCUUGUUUGGCUGUCGCCAGUCGCCAGCUACUUCAGCAAGUAUCGCUACUGGGAAGGUUUGCCCUCUCGCGGAGCCGUCGAGAAAUUGGUGUCUCAGAUCAUUGUCCGCGGCACUGAACAAGCCAGGAAGCAGGAAAGGCUCGUUGGCAACGACGUCCACUCGCUCCAUUACAACAUGAGCGAACUUGGCAGGCAUUUUAACAUACACCCGGAAGCCCUCAACAUGAUCUUUUACCUCUUGGAGCAUCGCCACGCUGUGGUCAAGUCCCUCAGCUCGUUCCGGGCAAAGGUCAUCUUUUCGACCAUCACACCAAGCCUUAUCCAUAAGGACGAGGCCAUCCUUGAUCCUUCCACGUAUAAGAUGCAAUCGCCUGCGGCGCAGGCCGUCUGGAGAUGCGCCAAGUCACUCUCAUGCAACGAGCUCAACCCUCUUGACGACGAAAUCUCGGAGGAUGACGACGACGAAGUGAACGCAAAGUCCAAAACCAAAAAUCAGCCCAAGAAAAAGGGCAAGGGGGCCAAGGGGGGUAAGGGCGUCAAGGGGGGUAAGGAGGCCAAGGAGUCCGAAAACAAGAAUAAGGCUUACAAGAGAACCGGCGAUGACGAUGACCGAGAGCCCUCCCAAACCGAGCCAGGCCGAGAGGCUGAAGAUAACAAAACCAUGGAGUACACAUGGGAGCUGGACAUGCCCAAAGCCAUUCUUCAUGCGCGCCGCGCCUACCGCACAAUGCUCACGAGUGGCACCGCAACAUGGCCGGAGGACAAGGAUGACAACCCGUGGGCCUGGGGACAGGUCGACGACUGGGGUCCCGAGAUCCUGCGCUACAUCCACCAGCUCUGCGCCGAGCAGGGCGGCAGCUGCACCGAUUUUGCCCUCUUGGAGAAUCUCUGGAUGGUUCGCUCUGAUUCUGACCCCCAGUCGGGCGACUCUGCGAGCAGCAAGCCGGAGGAGGAGGAGGAGGAAAUCCGCACUUUCAAGCUCCGCAAGCUGCCUCUUAACGACGACGAGCAACCGGCAGACUUUGCGCACAAAAUCGCCGACGCCGUCCACAAGGAGCUCCUCGAACGGCGGCGAAAGGCGGCCGACGCCGAGAAAAGUGUCCACGACCUCUUCUUCGAGGGCGGCCGCAAACGCACGUGCUACAAUGCCCUACUGGAGCAGUACGCGCUCUCGAAGCCGCCCGGCGAGCAAGGUCUGCGCGUACCCUUGGGCGGCUGCGGUCAUUGUGACCCCUGCCGCGGGCAGUACGAGUUCAAGAGUAUGAGAUUUGUCCAUGGCAGCGAGGAUGAGAUACCUGAUGACGAGGUCGUCAUGGCCUUCAUGCGGCGGGUGCCUGACAAGUUCAAAAAUGAUCCGUUCACCCUGGCAAAGAUUGCAUAUGGCAUCCAUGAGCCCCAAUGGGGGUAUGUACCGGCCUCGUUGAGGCUCAUGCUGAUGAAUUUCGAGUUUGAGACGCUGCAAAGGACGUUAGAGAAUCUGCGCCGUGCACAGUCAGUGAAGGCUGUCGCGGUAUGCACAUAUUGA